GAUUUGUUUCAGGGAGACAGAACUUUUCUGAACACCUAAAAGAAUUAAUAGAAUCUUUGCAGAGACUUUCAGUGGUCUUUGAGAGUGAGAAAGGUGACAGACACCCCAACCCUCUUGCGACAACGAUCCGUGGAUGGGUGACUGGACUCUUAUCUUAGGCUGAUCUACACUGGGGCUUUACGGGAAGCAUUUUGACAACAUCCAAGACCCAUCUCCAGACCUUGUUUAAGAUCGGUCUGUGGAAGCAGGAAAGAGUGCCUUCUGGUCCCACUGUCAUUCGUUGCUAUCGGUUGUCCUCCUCAACCGCUUCUAUCAGUCAGAUCCAGUUGCCUGUCAUGGUCGCCGCGGAUGAUUUCAUCCCCGAGCUGGCUGAACGCCAGUCGGAUCAGUCAGUUCCAGAGUCGAGGGUACUGAUUAUCAUGACAGGAGGCACAAUCUGUAUGCGACCGUCGCCUGCGGGCCUUAUCCCCGCGCGGGGGUUCCAGGAGCAAUGCCUGGCACGUGUGCCUACCUUUAAUGAUGGAUCGAAUUCUACGAUGCUGGAUGUUGUGGUCAAUGGCGCGGGGGAAGUUCAAGCUCAUCCAAGUCUGCGCACUCCGAUCACAGCAUACGGCCGGCGGGUGCGGUACACUGUUCUUGAAUUCGCCGAGCUUCUGGACAGCAGUUCCAUCGACGCCAAAGGGUGGGCGGAGAUCGCGCGGACCAUUGAGCGCAACUACACGCUAUUCGACGGAUUUGUUGUGCUUCACGGAACAGACAGUCUAGCAUAUACCUGCUCCGCGCUGAGCUUCAUGCUGAAAAAUCUGGGAAAGCCCGUAAUUCUCACAGGAGCCCAAGCGCCAAUGCUGGAGCUACAGAACGAUGCUACGGAUAACCUCCUUGGGUCGUUGGUUGUGGCCGGCCAUUUCAUGAUCCCUGAAGUCUGCCUGUACUUCAAUAACAAACUGCUUCGCGGAAACCGAUCUCUCAAGGUGGCCGCGAGCGACUUUGGGGCGUUUGAUUCCCCCAAUUGCCCACCGCUGGCGAUUACAACAUCUAUGCGCACCAACGUGAACUGGGAGAUUGUCAAUCGACCAAAGAGCAUCGAGCAUUUCAGCAUUCAAACCAAUCUCGAUACCACCCAUGUUGCCUGUCUGCGGAUUUUUCCCGGGAUCAAACCAGAGAUGGUAGACGCGGUGUUGAAGCUAGAUGGGCUUCGCGGAUUGGUCCUGGAGACCUUUGGCGCAGGGAAUGCACCCCAUGGACAGGACAAUGCAAUGACCAAGGUCUUUGCGGAUGCGAUUUCCCGGGGGAUUGUCAUUGUUAAUGUGACACAAUGCUUGACGGGAAGCGUUAGCCCUGUUUAUGCUCCUGGCAUGAGCUUGUCCAAGGCCGGCGUGGUUGCAGGACUAGACCUGACGACGGAAGCCGCAUUGACUAAAUUGGCAUACCUGCUUGCGCUGCCCGAUUCCACGCCCCAGCUUGUGGCAAACAAUAUGUCGGUGUCCCUUCGCGGCGAAUUAACAGAAAGCUCCCAACCUGUAUUCCGCCACCCGGACGGAGCUCUCCCAGAACGUGUGCAGGCCUUCACGGUGCUCGGAUACGCCAUUGCGCAGGGUGAUCUGAAGCGCGUUGAGGAAAUCGUCCGAAACGAGCAUCAUUGGCUACUGAAUGAUGCCGAUUACUCGGGGAACACACCCGUCCACCUCGCGGCGGCCUCUCCCUCCGUCGACAUUCUCCGAUACCUCCUCCUCCAGGGCGGAUCCGUGCACUUACGCAAUCGAAAUGGGCGCACGCCGCUCUUCCUAGCCGCUAACGCUGGGCAUUCCGAGCACGUUCUGCUCCUGCGCCAGUCCGGGGCGCAUCUACACUCGGACGAACGGUCAGCGGCGCAGCUCCUGGCCCGACGGCGGCCAGGGGUUUGGGGAUUGGCGGGGAUUGGGCCACGGGAAAUCAGCGAGAAGGAGAUGGAGGAGCUGGAGGCAGGAGAAGGGGAGUAUUACGCACGGCCGUCGCAGUGGGCUUGCAUGGCGGGGUCAGCACCAUAAUAUAAUUUUUUUUUUUUUUUUUUUUUU